GGACGCUAGCCACGCGAUUUGUGGCCGCUGCCGGUGUUUUGGAGCGCAUAACUCUCUACGCGGCCCGCCGGCGGCACGUGGCGCAGCCUGUCGUAUUGCCUUAAGACCGGACAAGACAAAAAAGCGCGCGCGCACGCCGUAGCCGCUCCUAAAGCAACCUCGGACCGAUACCGCAUCGACCCGCCGCGGCGCAGAAGGAAACAUGGAGUGCAUCGAGAUCCUCGACAGCGACGAGGAGGCCGCCAACAACGCCCAAGCGCCGCCGGAGAGCGACGACGAGGUCGAGAUCGUCGGUGGCGCGCCCGCGCCCGCAUUGCCGGACAGCCAGGACUCGGAGGUCCAGAUCCUCGACGACGCCGCGGACCUGUCCGAGGGCGCCCAGGCCAAGCUCCUCAAAUCGUUACUGGCCGAGAAACAGCAGCUCGCGCAGCAGGUCGCCUCUUUACAAAAGAAAACGGGCGACGCCAAGCGCGCGAAGCGUCCCGUCUACUGGCGGCGCGACGGCGACGGCAAGCGUUUACCUGACGACGCCGGCGUCGACGAGAAGUUAUUGGUGGAACUGACGCCGGGCUCGGACGAGUACGAGUCGGUCGCUGCAAGAUUACAAUCACGCGGCCUGCCCGACGCGAACAUCUCGUCCAUCAAGCGUUGUGUGAAUGACCACCUCUGGGCGCCCUACGCGGCGCGGCGCGAGGCCAUGGCCCGCCGCGCGUCGUCGAGCGACGAGGACCGCGUCUGGCGGUCCGACGUGCUGCCCGGCGUGCUCAACGAGGCCGAGAACCCCGUCUGUUUGCCCGACGCGAAUCCUUGUAGAGAGCGCUACCUCUUCCACGGCGCGGCGCCGUCGACGAUCGACUGCAUACUGGACGAGAACGUGGAUUUUAGACUGUCGCAGAUCACGGGCGCCAUGGGCGCCUGCGCCUACUUCGCGGACCAGUCGAGCUACUCGGACCAGUACUGCCGCAUGCCCGACCACAGCGCGCUGGUGCGGCACCGCCACGCGGGCACGGCCGCGCGGCCGCAGGACGCGCUCAAGAUGUUGGUGUGUCGCGUGCUGCUCGGCGAGUGCGGCCGCGGCCAGCCGGGCCUGCGGCGGCCGCCGGCUAUUGGGGGAUCGGGCCGUCUGAACGACUCGGUGUCGAACAACCCCGACACGGUCGACGACUGCGCGUCGCAAGGGUCCAUGUACGGCGUCUUCGACAACGCGCAAGUCUACCCCGAGUACGUGAUUGAAUAUAAGCGCGACUACGGCGGCGGCGGCGGCGGGCGCUUCGCGGCGGCGCUCGCGGGGCUGCCGCCGUCGCUGCUCGCGGGCAUCCCCGGGAUGCCCGCCGCCGUGCCGCGGCGGGCGCCCAAGCCGCCGCGCGCGCGCAAGCCGGCCGCGAAGAAGCCUGCCAAGAAGCGUGCCACGACGAAGCGGAAGAGUCCGAGGAAGAAGAGUGACGACGCCUGAGAGGGUAACAACUUGUGUAUUCAACACGACAGAG